UGUUCUGGCCAGACAGUAUGGCUCCUGGGCGUCAGUGGCAUGAUCAUAGAAACAGAGGCCAGAAAGGACAUUCCUCAUUGUUGGUGAAUAUAGAAAUGAGCUUGGUCAUCUUGCCCUGCUCUUUCUGAAACAGUUUUGGUGAUUGAAAUUUGACCUGGAUUUCUGUCUGUGUGAGGAAUAACCUUCCCUGCAGGAGGCUUCAAAUCCAUAGCUGCCGGAUCCCUUCUGUGCCAACACAGGAGAGGAUUUAGAGUUUGCGCUGCACUGGGGGGAGUUCAACUCCACCAGCGUUGCUCGGAAGUAACAGCGGAAUACAAAAAGCAGCCUCUGUUUACACAGACUCAACCCGCUACCUCUUUUAUCCUUACUUCUGUCCCGGCUUCUCAUUACUAGCCUCCUUACUCCUGUCCUCUGGGGAACGUUUAUCCCUUUAACAGCAUCCAUCACCUCCCCUCGCCAAUCAUUUAUCCAUCUCAUAAUGAACUCCUCUGCCUCCAUUACAUCCCUAUUCUCCUUCACCAGCCCAGCAGUAAAGCGCCUGCUGGGCUGGAAACAAGGGGAUGAGGAGGAGAAGUGGGCGGAAAAGGCUGUGGAUUCUCUAGUGAAGAAACUAAAGAAGAAGAAAGGGGCAAUGGAGGAGCUGGAGAGAGCCCUCAGCUGCCCUGGGCAGCCCAGCAAGUGUGUGACAAUUCCUCGGUCGCUGGACGGGAGGUUGCAGGUGUCCCACAGAAAGGGACUGCCCCAUGUUAUCUACUGCAGGGUGUGGCGCUGGCCUGACCUGCAGUCCCACCACGAGCUCAAAGCCCUAGAGUGCUGCGAGUUCGCUUUUGGCUCCAAGCAGAAGGACAUCUGUGUUAACCCUUACCACUACAGGCGCGUGGAGACUCCAGUGCUGCCACCAGUUCUGGUCCCACGCCACAGCGAGUUCAAUCCUCAACACAGUUUACUGGCGAAGUUCAGGAACGCCUCCCUGCACAACGAGCCUCUGAUGCCCCAGAACGCCACCUACCCAGACUCCUUCCCUGCGCUGCCCUGCUCCUCCUUCUCUUCCUCCCCUUCUUCCUCCCUCGUCCAGUCUCCCACCUCACAGAGUUUCCCCAACUCCCCCAACAGCUCUGCAGAGCCUGGCAGUCCAUAUCACAUCACAGCUGAGACUCCCCCUCCUCCGUAUAGCAUGAUGGAGACGAGCCCUCAAGAUGAUGUAAAGCCCAACAACUCCACAGAAACCCUCAAACUCACAUUUUCUGCUCCACACAGAGAUUUACGGCCCGUAUGUUACGAGGAACCAGAGUACUGGUGUUCAGUAGCUUAUUACGAGCUUAACAACCGGGUCGGGGAGACUUUCCACGCAUCGUCCCGCAGCGUCUUGGUAGACGGGUUUACGGACCCAUCCAACAACAAGAACCGCUUCUGCCUCGGCCUGCUAUCCAAUGUCAACCGCAACUCCACCAUCGAACACACACGCAGGCACAUAGGCAAAGGUUUACACCUGUACUAUGUGGGCGGCGAGGUGUACGCAGAGUGUCUGAGCGACAGCAGUAUCUUCGUCCAGAGCCGCAACUGCAACUUCCAGCAUGGCUUCCACGCCACCACUGUGUGUAAGAUCCCCAGCGGCUGUAGCCUGAAGAUCUUCAACAACCAGCUGUUUGCCCAGCUCCUCGCUCAAUCUGUUAACCAUGGCUUUGAGGUCGUCUAUGAGCUCACUAAGAUGUGCACCAUCCGCAUGAGCUUUGUUAAGGGCUGGGGUGCUGAAUACCACCGUCAGGAUGUCACCAGCACCCCCUGCUGGAUCGAAGUACAUCUGCACGGGCCCCUGCAGUGGCUGGACAAGGUCCUCACACAGAUGGGCUCCCCUCACAACCCCAUUUCUUCAGUGUCAUAACAUGGACAUACAUGUGUGUGCUGUUGGUCCUUCACACAGGUAGUCGUAGAUUCUGUAUGUUCUGCUAUGUCCAGGUUUUCCUAUGGUCCCAUCUCAAGCAAAAUUACAAAAAUAUGAUACCCACAGCUUUUGACAUAUCAUGCCGCAUAACUGAAACACGAGUGAUUGAAUUUCAUUUUGCUCAUGUACGUAGUUAAAUAAUCAAGUGUUCAUUUAUUUCAGUAAGACUGUGAUACAGCAUUUAUUCUCUCUCUCUGUUGUUUGGGACAUUAACUGCACUCCAAAAUAAAAAUGGGAUUUAUGUAUCUGUAGGUACUGAAAGACUUUUACAUGUUGUAAAUGUUAUUAGUUGUAUGUACUGUAUUUCCAUGUGAUGAAUGUUUGACUUUAUGUAUUAUUUGCUUAUUACUUGUUCCAUUAAAGUUGUUUUUUCUUAAAGAA